AAACGCCAAGCCAUGAGCGGUCGUCAGCCGUAUCUCAGGACAGAUCAGCCCCGUUCUUCACCCACGUUACACAUACACCACAACACCCACACAACAGCCACAUCCUCCUCGUUUUUGUCUCCAUUUCUUCGCCGUCUCCAUGACCGCCGCCGGCAUUGUUAGGUAGCCGGCAACUCCUCUCACUCUUUCGACCCGUAUCAUUUCCACCCUCUCAACCCUACCUAACCUGUUGCUUCCGAACCGGCGCGCAAACUGCCAACGGCCAUCCACCAUGGCCCCUCGUCGGUCGCCGACAGGCUGGUUGCGCCUGCCUGCCCUCAUCGCGGCCGUCGCUCUCCCGUGGAUAAUACCGCUGGCUGCCGCCGACAAGACGGCCGCUGACUAUUUUGUCCAUUCGCUUCCAGGCGCACCCGAAGCGCCUCCCGUGAAGAUGCACGCCGGACACAUCGAGAUCACCCCCGAACACAAUGGCAACAUCUUCUUCUGGCAUUUCCAGAACCAGCAUAUCGCGAACAAGCAGCGGACCGUGAUCUGGCUGAACGGCGGGCCGGGCUGCAGCUCCGAGGAUGGUGCGGUAAUGGAGAUUGGCCCCUACCGGGUAAAGGAUGACAAGACUCUGGUCUACAACGAGGGCGCCUGGAACGAGUUUGCGAACGUCAUGUUCGUCGACAAUCCCGUCGGCACCGGCUACAGCUAUGUCGACACCAACGCCUACUUGCACGAGCUCGACGAGAUGGCCGACCAGUUCGUCAUCUUCCUGGAGAAGUGGUAUGCUCUGUUCCCAGAGUACGAACACGACGAUCUCUACAUCGCCGGAGAGUCAUACGCUGGCCAGUACAUCCCGUACAUCGCGAAGCACAUUCUCGACCGUAACAAGCUUCCGACGACGAAGCACAAGUGGAACCUGAUGGGCCUCCUCAUCGGCAACGGAUGGAUCUCGCCGCCCGAGCAGUACGAAGCCUACCUCCAAUACGCCUUCGACAGGGGCCUUGUGCAGAAGGGCAGUGACAUCGGCAACAAACUCGAGGUCCAGCAACGCAUUUGCCAGAAGCAGCUGGCCGUCAGCAAGGGCGCCGUCGAUAGCCCGGACUGCGAAAAGAUCCUCCAGGAUCUUCUGCGGUUCACCGCUACUCCCGGCAAGGACGGCCAACUCGAAUGCUACAACAUGUACGACGUGCGCCUCAAAGACACUUACCCAUCCUGCGGCAUGAACUGGCCGCCCGAUCUGGCUCACGUCACCCCGUACCUUCGCCAGAAGGAAGUCGUCGAAGCCCUCCACGUCAACCCGAACAAGGUCACCGGCUGGGUGGAAUGCAACGGCCAGGUGGGCCAGAGCUUCAAGCCCGUCAACUCGAAGCCCUCGAUCGACAUCCUCCCGGACAUCCUGGCCGAGAUACCCGUCAUCCUCUUCUCCGGCUCCGAAGACCUCAUCUGCAACCACCUCGGCACCGAGGCGUUCAUCAGCAACAUGGCGUGGAACGGCGGCCGCGGCUUCGAGCUGUCGCCCGGCACCUGGGCGCCGCGCCGGGAAUGGACCUUCGAGGGCGAACCUGCCGGCUUCUGGCAGGAGGCGCGCAACCUCACCUACGUGGUCUUCUACAACAGCAGCCACAUGGUGCCGUUCGACCACCCGCGCCGCACGCGCGACAUGCUCGACCGCUUCAUGGGCGUCGACAUCAGCUCCAUCGGUGGCAAGCCGACCGACAGCCGCCUCGACGGCGAGAAGGGACCCGAGACCACGGUCGGCGGCGCCGCGGGCAACGGCACUGCCGCCCAGGAGGCCGAGAAGGCCAAGCUCGACGCCGCCAAGUGGGAGGCCUACCGCCGCUCGGGCGAGAUCGUGCUCGUCAUCGUCGCCGUCGCCGCCGCCGCCUGGGGCUACUUCGUCUGGCGCGACCGCCGCAGGAGGCAGGGCUACCAGGGCCUGGCCGACGGGCCCGGCCGGGCCGCCGGCUCCUCCAGCUCGUCUGAGCGCCUCGAGACCUUCCGCACCCAGCGCACCUUGCGCAGGGACAGGGAUCUGGAGGCCGGCGAUUUCGACGAGAACCAGCUGGAUUCGCUGCACGUCCGGUCGCCCGCCGAGGAGCAGGCUGAUGCGAGGUACAGCCUGGGAGGGGAAGAAAGCGAGGAUGACGAGGAGGAAGGGACGACGAAAAAGGGCGGGAAAAGAAGGGAGAAGGCGGCAAAAGCCGGGGAAAGUUCAUGAUCCGCCCGGAUUGGGUUCGACAGAGCGUUUUGAAAGUGAGGCAUACACAGCACGUACAUACAUACAUCCAUGGGUCGUCUUGUAGAUUGUUGGUA